AUGCCCCCGAGGCUGGGCUGGCUGUGGUGCUGGGGGCUGCUGUGCGGCUGCUGCUGCUGCUCGCCCCCGCCGGCCCCGCUGCCCGCCGGGGGGCCGCUGCUGGCGGGCCCGCCGCCGCCGCCGCCGCCGCCCUCGGGCUUCCUCUACCGGCGCCUCAAGUCGCACGAGAAGCGGGAGAUGCAGAAGGAGAUCCUGUCCGUGCUGGGGCUGCCGCACCGGCCCCGGCCGCGGCCGCCGCGGGAGCAGCCGGCGGGGCCCCUCACCUCGGCGCCGCGCUUCAUGCUGGACCUGUACCAUGCCCUGGGCGGCGAGGAGGGGCCGGGCGCCGCGCCCAGCCUGCAGCGCGGGACCCUGCUGGCCCCGCCGCGCCCCGCCGCCUCGGCCCUGGCCAGCGCGCACGACAGCGCCUUCCUCAGCGACGCCGACAUGGUCAUGAGCUUCGUCAACCUGGUUGAAUAUGACAAGGAGUUUACACCUCACCAACAGCACCACAAGGAAUUCAAAUUUAAUCUCUCCCGGAUUCCAGAAGGAGAGGCUGUCACCGCCGCUGAGUUCCGCAUCUACAAGGACUGUGUCAUGGGGAGUUUUAAAAAUCAAACUUUUCUUAUCAGCAUCUAUCAAGUUCUGCAAGAACAUGAGAACAGAGACUCUGAUCUGUUUUUGUUGGAUACCCGGGCAGUGUGGGCCUCAGAAGAAGGCUGGCUGGAGUUUGAUAUUACUGCCACCAGUAACAUGUGGGUGUUGAACCCUCAACACAACAUGGGACUCCAGCUUAGUGUGGUGACCAGGGAUGGUCUCAGUGUAAACCCAAGAGAAGCAGGUCUGAUAGGGCGAGAUGGCCCUUAUGACAAGCAGCCUUUCAUGGUGGCCUUUUUCAAAGUGAGUGAGGUCCAUGUCCGGACCACCAGGUCAGCCACAAACCGGCGCAGGCAGCAGAAUCGAAAUCGCUCCACUCAGUCUCAGGAUGUUUCCAGGGUGUCUGGUAUCACAGAUUACAACAGCAGCGACCUAAAAACAGCUUGCAGAAAGCAUGAGCUUUAUGUUAGCUUCCAAGACUUAGGAUGGCAGGACUGGAUAAUUGCACCAAAGGGUUAUGCAGCCAAUUACUGUGAUGGAGAAUGCUCUUUUCCACUCAAUGCGCACAUGAAUGCUACCAAUCAUGCCAUUGUGCAAACUUUGGUCCAUCUUAUGAAUCCUGAAUAUGUCCCCAAACCCUGUUGUGCACCCACCAAACUAAAUGCCAUCUCAGUUCUUUACUUUGACGAUAAUUCUAAUGUCAUUCUGAAAAAAUACAGGAAUAUGGUGGUAAGAGCUUGUGGGUGUCACUGACAUCUUCCACACAGACCCACUGAGUCACCUGGAACUCCUUGGUUACAUCUACUGGAUGUUGGAGAAACUUCAACAAACACUCUUGUGACACUCCCAAACCAAUACUUGUGCCUUAUGAGAGGAAACUGCAAGAGAACCUCACUGAUACCUACCUACUUUGUAACAGGAGAAAGUGUUGGAUUUCUCAAAAACAGAAUCUAUAACAGUGGCCAUUCUGAUCUACAAAAUUUUGACUUGUGGAGUACAAAAGAAAAGUCUGCCCAUACAAGUUUCGUUGGCUUGGAUCAAGCUCUGUGCAGUCUUAAACUCCCUGGAAGAGCAGCAGAAACUUAACUAGCUGCUUGAUAUGCACUUCAGUGUUAAGAAACCACCAUCUGCUACAUGAAAACAGUGAGACUUGAAGACGCACAUACUAUAUUUAGGUUCACCAAGACAAAAAGCAAAGUGAUGCUGUCGUACUUUAGUGUUAGGACUGUGUUUUAUGCUGGAUAAUCUGAAUUUCUAAUUAAAGAUAGGAAGUGCCUUCCAUCUAAAAUUAUUGCAUCUCUGAUUGAACUCUUCCUAAAAUCUGGAAGAUGGGAAACAGCUGCUUCAAUUGUGUCAAAGCAAGCCCCUCAAACCAUGUGUCCUCCAACCACACAGUAAAGCAUAGACUUAAACUGUAUGUUCCGAGUCUGGCUGUACUAUGUAUUGCAUACAUAAAAAGAAUCCCAGACCCAACGUGAUCUUUUGAGUCAAAAGUUCAACUGGGGAAUUAUCUUGUAAACUUGUCUAGUGCCUUUUUUUUUUAGGUUCUAUACCUCCUGAAACUGCUAUGUCUGUCCCUUUUUAUUACAAUGACAUCCACUGCCUCUCACAUAUACCGCCCAGGUAUUUUUGUAUGAUUUUAGGUGCAAUUUAUCCCCUCAGCUGAAUAGCCACUCCAUCGCUGAAGGGGUAUUUUUUUGUAAGCUAUCUAUAGCAGAGGUUCCCAACGGGGUUGGCUGCCGGACCAGAAGUGACGGGCAUACUAAGGACUGGCAGCCAGCCCUUUUUUAUGCUAAGUAUAAAAAAGGGUUGGCUGCCGGUCUGCAGUAUGCCCGUCACUUCCAGACUGCAGUUUGCCAGUCCCAGUUGCUUCCGGUCUGUGGUUUGCUGAUCCUUAAUCUAAAAAGGUUGGGAACCCCUGGAUCUACAGUAUUAUUUGGCCAAUCUCCCCAAAUGUCACUCUGUAACAAAAAUCGCAUUGAAAAAGUUAGAUAUAUUCACAUUUUGGCUGUGCUCCAACUAUAGAAGUUUUAUGCCCAAAAUUUACAGUAACAGCUAAUUAUUUUUGAUCAAUAUUAACCUUGUAUUAAAUGCACUUACCUCUUAAGUCUUGCAUUUAAAAGAGGUGUUUUGUAAAUACAAGCUAUAAUUUAUUGCACUUGUCACUGUAUAUUCCUUGUGCUGUAUCAUUUAUAGAAAGACAGCUUUUUUAAAAAAAAGUUUUUAUUUAGAAAAUCUCAGUGUAAACAAUUGUACCACUUUGAUUUUAUACAAGAAACUCAUGAGGCAAAGGUUGGGCCACUCAUGAGAUUGUGCUUCACUAGAAAUGUUGUUUUGUUUAAUAUGGUUAAUAAAGGCUUCCUUUUAAGACAGAA